UCUGAAUUUGUGAACACAGAAGACUAGUCUCUUUUUCGACGUGGAACGGAUCAGUCGGCGAAAAAAAACCGCUGCCGCGAAUACACACACUUGUGUAUUUUAAUUAAAACUUUUAGGUUUAUUGGUACUUAAAUUUGUCGCAGCAAAUCAGUUGCUUGUGUAAAAGAAAAUGCGAAUAGUUAUUGGAUCGAUCACCGCAGUUCUUUUGCUUUUAUUGCAAAACUCAAAUGCCGAAAUUCCCGGUUGCGACUUCUUUGACACCGUAGACAUUUCAAAAGCGCAAAGGUUCUCGAACGGAUCGUACCUCUACGAAGGCUUGCUGAUCCCCGCCCACUUGACUGCUAAGUAUGACUACAAGCUCCUGGCCGACGACUCGAAGGAGAAGGUGGCGAGCCACGUACGAGGAUGUGCCUGCCACCUUAGGCCCUGCAUCCGGUUUUGCUGCCCCCAGUACCAUAAGAUGGAUUUGGGCGUAUGCUACGGCGACAUGACGGAGGACGAACUGAACAAGCACGAUCCCUUCGUGAACAUGACGCUCAGCGACGGGUCGGUGGUCAGGAGACACUUCAAGGAGGACCUGAUCGUGCAGUCGGACCUGGCCAAGCCCGGAUGUCCCCGGAUGUACUAUAUGAAUCACGUACUGCCGGGCAACGAAUUCACGCUGUUUGAGAAUGGAUCUCUUCUGCGUCACUGGGACAAUGCGGAACUGAGCAAGCGGGAGUACUGCGUCCAGCAUCUUUCAUUCACAGGUGAUAGUGUCCGAAUUGCACCCCACUUCUGUCCACUUUCGUCUGAGCCCUCGAGAACGUGGAAGACCGUUGCGAUUGUGAUAUCCUUGAUAUGCAUAAUCCUAACGAUCAGCGUGUACCUCUAUGUCAAGAAGCUUCGCAACCUGCACGGAAAGUGUUUCCUUUGCUACUUGGCCUCCUUGUUCCUGGGCUAUCUCUUCCUGAUCCUCAACAUGUGGAAAUACACCUCCGAAUUCUGCGUUACAGCAGGGUUCAUAGGCUACUUCUCCGUCAUCGCCGCGUUCUUUUGGCUUUCUGUCAUCAGUCUUACUCUCUGGAAUUCGUUUAGUGGCAACUCCGGCUGGCUGAACCGUUUCUUGCCACAGGAUCGGUUCCUUUCUUACAACUUAUACGCCUGGGGCAUGGCGCUGCUCCUGACUGCAAUCACAUAUAUAGCUGACCAGGUGGUUGAGAAUGAAGAUUUGAGACCCCGCGUGGGCGUCGGCAAAAAUUGUUGGAUCUACACUGGGGAUAUGACUGUCAUGAUCUACUUCUAUGGCCCGAUGCUGUUGCUAAUCGCAUUCAACAUAACAAUGUUUGUCCUGACGGCUUUUCGUAUAAUGAAAGUGAAGAAGGAAGCCCAAAACUUUACUCAACAGCAAAAAACAACCAAUAGGCUCAACUCGGACAAGCAGACUUACACCCUAUUCCUGCGACUCUUCAUCAUCAUGGGCUUGUCGUGGAGCUUGGAAAUAGUCUCGUUUUUGUUGAGCAAAAAGCAGGCUUGGGCCAAGGCUUUUAUGGUGGCUGACUACUUCAAUUGGUCCCAGGGCACCAUCAUAUUUGUGCUCUGUGUUCUGAGGCCCAGCACACUGAAGCUCCUGAAGGAACGGAUUAAGGGUGGGAGGAAUGAAGUCGGCGCCAGCGAUGAACAUAUCUCACUUCAGAAUACAAAAAUUGACCCCAGUGUUUUUUAAUAUAUGGACGUGCCAUCAAAGCGAGAUCAAAGCAACUUCUACCCGGAUAUGCACAGAUGUUAUAACCACGAAUACUCGGCAUGGAGGAUGAAAUCUCAGGGAAAUCCUUUUCGGAGCAGCACUUACACUCUCUCGCAGUAUUAAUUUUUAAAAUUGGUAUUGCUUGUACUGCCUCAAUUUCUAAAUAUUCAUUUAAAGAACUAAAAAUAAUUAUAUAAUGACUUGUUAUGACAAUGACUAACUAAAAAUGUAAAUUCCUGCAUUUUUUUUUAUAAAUUACGAUUAAUUC